GCCAUGGAAAGUGUGACUGUGGGAAGUGCAAAUGUGAUGAAGGCUGGUAUGGUGAAGCUUGUCAGUACCCAACUACUUGCAAUCUUACACGGAGAAAAAGCAAUGAAAUGUGCAAGAAUUCUCAAGAUAUCAUCUGUUCUGGUGCAGGCACGUGUCAGUGUGGCAGGUGUAAAUGUGCAAACUCAGAAGGAAAUGGACUUGUGUAUGGCAAAUUUUGUGAGUGCGAUGACAGAGAAUGCAUAGAUGAUGAAACAGGAGAGUUUUGUACAGGCCAUGGGAAGUGUUACUGUGGAAACUGUUACUGUGAGGCUGGUUGGCAUGGAGAUAAAUGUGAAUUCCAGUGUGACAUCACCCCCUGGGAGAUCAAGAAAAGAUGCACAUCUCCAGAUGGCAAAAUCUGCAGCAACAGAGGUACAUGUGUAUGUGGGGAAUGCACAUGCCAUGAUGUAGACCCAACUGGUGACUGGGGAGAUAUUCAUGGAGAUACCUGUGAGUGUGAUGAAAGGAACUGCAAGGCAGUGUAUGAUAGAUAUUCUGAUGACUUCUGUUCAGGUCAUGGACAGUGUAAUUGUGGAAGAUGUGACUGUAAAGAAGGAUGGACUGGGAAAAAGUGUGAGCAUCCACGUUCUUGUCCUUUGUCAGUUGAGGAAAGUGCUAAGAAAUGCCAAGGAAAUUCUAAUUUACUUUGCUCUGGAAGAGGGAGAUGUGAAUGUGGCCAAUGCACUUGUUUCCCUCCAGGAGACAACAGAGUUCAUGGCAAAAACUGUGAAUGUGAUGAUCGACAGUGUGAAAAUGCAGAAGGAGAUGUUUGUGGGGGCCAUGGUAUCUGCUCAUGUGGCCGAUGCAUUUGCCAGGAUGGGUGGUUUGGAAACCUGUGCCAGCACUCCAGGAAGUGCAACAUGACGGAGCAGGAGAGCAGAAGUCUCUGCGAGUCAGCGGAUGGCAUAUUAUGCUCGGGGAAGGGUUCCUGCCACUGUGGAAAGUGCAUCUGUUCUCCCCAGGAAUGGUACAUUUCAGGCGAUUUCUGUGAAUGCGAUGACAGAGACUGUGACAAACAUGAUGGUCUCAUUUGCACAGGCAACGGUGUUUGUAGCUGUGGAAACUGUGAGUGCUGGGAAGGAUGGACUGGAAAUGCUUGUGAAAUCUGGCUGGGAAGAGAAUACCCUUAAUGAAGGAUCUCAAAAGACUGAGGAGGGUUUCUUGUUUGUUUUUCUUUAGGCUGCUAGAACAUUUAAUUUCAGAAGUGCUCAGUGUGUGGGUGUGGGUGUGCACGUAAGCACAUGUACAUGGCUGUAAGUACAUUAGAACACAUUUGAGGACCUGCUCCUAAAAGAAAUGUAUCAAAAAACCCUAAAAAAGGGAGCAGGAAAAUCCCAGCUCUAGAAGGUGAAGUCAUAAAAUACUGGCCCUGUGGGACUUCUCCAGAGGUUUUUUUGUAAAUUCAGUGGAACUGAGAUUAUACCUAUAAUGCCUGUUUCUUUAAGCAACCCUUGGAAAAGGUAUAAGAAAGCCUUUUUUAAUAUUAUUUACUUGGUCAUCAUCUCCCCUUAUCAAUCUGCAACAACACCCCUGUAGAGGAGUAACACUAGCUGAAUAUUUGUCAAAUAACUAGUUUGAUUAAUUUUAUGGUGUUGGAAAAAUAUAUGAUUUGACCUAUAUUUCUUUCUAACAAUCCUAAUCAUGCACCAGCUCAUAAAUUGAAAGAAACUGUAAAGAAGUCUAUAAAAAUAUUAGUGAUUUUUUUUUGUCAAAUAAUUAUCUGAGAUCCAAUUACAUGACAGCCAUAAACUGAAGACCCAAAAUGUUUGAAUAGACCCUUUUCCACAAAAGAACUUCUUAGUUUCUGUGGUUAAUGUGUCAGUAAGCUGGUUAUCUAAUCUACAUACUACAAUACUUUCAAAUACAUAACCUAUAGGAAAAUAAGGAAUGAAAUUAAUAAAGAUAUAAAUGUAUGAUUGCCUAUUCUGAAUAUGUAUUCUGCAACUCAUAUGUACUCCUAUCACACUGUUCAAUGUAGGUACAGUUGCCUUUUAAAAGUAAAGUAAAUGAAAAUUUGUUAUAUUGAAAAUGAAAAUAUGUCACUUUGAGAAUGAAAAUUCUGUCUACUAUUCGAAAUCAGAUUACGCUGUCACACAUGGUAUUUAUUGAAUUUAACUGCUUUUAUAGAAGUGGGAAACUUGAAGGUCAACUGACUUGAAAAAUCAUCUAUGCUAUGCAGCAGCUUGGUCUCAGCCAAAGAUGUUUGGACAAUGUCAACAAAGUAAUUAAAGUUUUAAUACAGUAAAUACAAACAAAGCAGUGGUAUGAACAAAAAUUUUAUUUUUAUUUUCCAAUGGUGAAAUGCUGCUCAGUGUGAAAUUCACGUUGAGUAAUGAAUGAUGCACAACUAUUGGGACUUCCCUAACUUAUUUACAUAUGAGUCUCUUAAUUUUUUGUACAUGUAGAUUUGGCAGCCCUUGAAUUCUUUAGAGCAAAAAGAAGAAAUAUACAUUUUAGUUUGAAAACUGUUUACAUUUUGUGAAAUCAUGAUUGAGUGAGAAAACUGAUUAAAUGGCUGAAAAAUACUUUUAGAUACCAAACUGUAACACUGGGGUUUAGGUGCCAAGGUCCUAAAAAGAGGUACAUGAUUCAGAAAUAAUGGAACUACGUAUCAACCAAAUUUCCAUUAUUAGUCUAGAAAUUAGUUUUCUUUUAGAAAGGACAGUUUUGAAACAGGAAAAUACAAUGCUACAGAACAUGUAAUAGAAUGCAAAAUUUCAAAUUUAUUUAAUUGCCUUAUUAUUGCCCCUUCCAAAGUAGCUUGUUCUCUCACCAAAUUUUUUUUUUUAGUUAGCCUGUAUUCUUUCUUUCUGAAAAUGAAGCCUGUGAAACCCAUGUACUCAGGGAGCAUAAUCACCAAACAUCCAAUAUAUAUAUG